CACCUGCUAUUUACUUUGAUGAAGGAAAGUACUUGCUCAAUCACACCAAAAAGCAGUACAUUUCUAGAUCCAAAUUCCGUGCACCACUUCCAGGAGCCCUCAAUGCCAUGAUUUCCUGCAUUCAAGACAAGGUUGGCAAAUGGUCAGGUGAUUCAAUUUCCGUAGUAAGUGAUUUGGAACCUUACAAACACUAUACUGAUGCUACUGAGCUUGCUGAGAGAACCUAUAUUCAACUCUCCAAGGAAAACCACAACGAAGACCACCACAAUUAUGAUUUUUAAAUCAUUAAGAGAAAACAACACCACACAUACAAGAAGAAACAGCUAAUACAAUUUACCUCAUGGACCUUUUCCCCAACUCCACAAAUGAUGUGGCGCAAAUUUACAGAUCUCUCCUGCUUGAAGAAAAUACGCGACCCCAGAAUGGCAGUGGCAAAGUUUUAGAAUAAUAGAAAAAAAUGAAAAAAGGAUUGAUUGUGAUUGGACCAUUUGUUCAUGCAUUGGACAAGCUUUCAGCAAAAUGCUUGCGUUAUUGUUCAAAAGGAGCAAUUAUUGUUGGAAAUGAUGGUACAAUUGAAAGAGUGUUGGAUAUGAAGCAAAAUGAUGACUCCGCAUUGUUGGAAACGCAAUGGAAGGAAUAUGACAGAAUUACCUUGAAACCUUCUCAAAUUGUUAUUCCAGGUAUGAUUGAUACUCACGCUCAUGCUCCACAAUAUUUCAAUUGUGGUCUCGGACUAGAUAUGCCACUCCUUGAAUGGUUAAAUACAUACACAUUCCCUGUUGAAAGUAAAUUUAAAGAUUUGCAAAUUGCUAUUCGUGUUUACACUUCAUGCGUUCGUCGUUCCUUGAUGAACGGAACAACAACAAGUGUUUAUUUUGGCACAAUUCACAAUGACGCAACAAUUUUGUUAGCUAAAAUCAUUGAAGAAAUUGGUCAGAGAGCUUAUGUAGGAAAAGUGAGUAUGGAUAGAUUUGCUCCUGAAUAUUAUUGUGAAGAAACACAUCAAGGUAUUGAUGAUGUGAGAAAAUUCAUGGAACAAAUGAAACACUUCAAUAUGGUCAAACCAAUUCUUACACCAAGAUUUGCAGUUUCAUGCUCUGAGGAAAUGAUGAAGGGUUUGGCUGAAAUUUACAAUGAAUAUAAUGAUGUACCAAUUCAAUCACACAUUUCAGAAAAUACUGGAGAAGUUAAAUUGGUUUCAGAACUCUUCCCUUCCAAUACUAGUUAUGCAGAGGUUUAUGAUAAGGUUGGAUUGUUAAAUGAAAAGACAAUUUUGGCUCAUGGUGUUUAUUUGACUGAUUCAGAAAUCGAAUUGAUCAAAGAAAGAAGAUCGACUAUUGCCCACUGUCCACUCAGCAACUUUUCAUUGUGCAGCGGUGUGUUGAAUGUCAGAAAAUUAAUUAAUAGAGGUGUUAAAGUUAGUAUGGGUACUGAUAUUUCUGGAGGAUAUUCUUCAUCCAUGUUCAAUUCUAUUAGAAAUACUCUUAUUGCUACUGCCUCUGCCAGUACUGACCAUAUCAGAAAUGAAACAGACGCAACCGAAGAUACAGUACCAAUUACUAUUGAUGAAGCAUUCUACAUUGCCACAGUUGGAGGUGCUGAAGCUUUGAAUAUCGAAAGCAAGGUCGGUAACUUUGUAGAAGGUAAAAGCUUUGAUGCCUUAAUCAUUGAUGUCGAUGUUAAAGAAGGAAGUAUCGAUUCAUUCAAUGAUUUGUACAGUGAUGUUUUUACAAGUGUUCCUGCCCAUGAAAUGGAAGAGAAGAAACUUAAAGAAAACUUUAGCAGAUUUAUUUUCAAUGGAGAUGACAGAAAUAUUUCUAAAGUUUUCGUUCAAGGAAGAGAUGUAACAUUAAAUUUGCGAGAUUAA